AUGAAGUAUUUUAAUCAUUAGGAUAAUUAAUUGCAAACUUAUUGUGUUUCUCAUGUACCUACUACUAAAUAAAAUAUGCAAGAAUUAUUUGAUAAAUUAGAUCAAUCGCUAUAAUAAAGCUUCUUAUGUCCUAUAAGGGAGGAGUUAUUAAGAGAAUAUUUUGAUGACUUAAUACUUUAAAUAAAAAUAAACUAUGGAGAGAGAGGUUUUAUACGAGUGACAGUACUCACCUAAGUUCGAAUGGUGAUUUAAAAAUAUUAAACAUGUGUCAAGUAUUGCUUUUGGAAUAUAAAAGUUUUUAUCAGAAGAAGAACAUACUUAUAAAAUAUCUAGGCUGAAGAAAGAUUUAAAAUAAACUAACUAGAAUAAGAAUGUUCUGAGCUUUAAAAAUAAGUUGAAAAUUUAGAAUAGAAGCUAUAAGACAUAAAUCAGAAGAAUUAAUAAAAUAGAGAGUAAAAAAAAGUAACACAUUUGAAAAGAAUUACCAUAUAUAAAAACUCAUAUAAAAAAUAAAGUAUUUUGGUGAUCUAGAAAAUAUAUUUUCUGGAUUAAAAACUUGCCUUACAGAAAAUUAUUAUUAUCAUUUAAUCAAUUUAAAGGAAUAACAUAUGUUAAAAAAAAUCAUUAGCAUUGAUCAUUUUAAUUCAUUUUUAGAAUGAUAUUUCUUUAUUCUUCUCCUUCGCUAUCUUUUUAAGCUAAUUUUAAUACAAUUAAAUCAUUUCUUACAAUAAACUAAAUUGA